AUGCUGACAGAAAUAGUUGACAAGUCUUCCCAUGUGGAUGCAUUUUCUCAGUCUCAGCUGAGUGUUCAAGAGAGAGAUCAUCUGGGAUCUAACAGAUUCUUCCACCAGAAACUCAGUCGUGGUGUUCUUCCCCUCCCACAUCUGGAAGGUCAAGCAAGGCAUGCUUUGGUGGCAGACACUACAAAGCCUCUCCCCCUUGAAAGCAGCCUGCCUCAGAUAACCACUAAUGGCUUGCAGAGUGCCCUUCCCUCUUUUCAGGAAAAUGGAACUCAAGGCACUUUUUCCCAAUUUAACCUUCCAGACUGUCUUCCUGAAAGUGAUACCAGAGCCCAGACAAAAACAUCAGAACUGGAAAACACCAGCAUCACUGUCAAACUGCCUAUGACAGCUUCAGAAGCCUUGAAAUAUUUUAGAAACCAGUUAACAGUGUAUGAGCAAAAAGAAAUUUUCAAUUAUACAGAGCUAUGGUUUCUUGGGCUGGAAGCUAAAAAGAUUGAAGGUUUGCCUGAAACCCAGAAUAAUAAUUGUUAUGAUGAUGAGCAUGGUUCCUACUUAAAGGUUUUACAUGACCAUAUUGCAUACAGAUACGAAGUGCUGGAAGUCAUUGGGAAAGGGUCAUUUGGGCAGGUGGCUAAAUGCUUGGAUCAUAAAACCAAUGAAUUAGUGGCACUGAAAAUAAUAAGGAAUAAGAAAAGAUUUCACAGCCAGGCUUUGGUAGAAGUGAAGAUACUUGAUGCUCUCCUGAAGAAGGACAAAGAUGAUACUCACAAUAUCAUCCACAUGAAGGAAUACUUCUACUUUCGCAAUCACUUCUGUAUUUCCUUUGAACUGCUGGGAAUAAACUUGUAUGAGUUGAUCAAAAAGAACAAUUUCCAAGGUUUCAGUUUGUCUUUAAUUCGACACUUCACUCAGGGUGUGUUGAGAUGUUUACAAGUGCUCUACCAGGAAAGAAUCAUUCACUGUGAUCUGAAGCCU